AUGGUGCCUCUACCUCUAUUCAAGCUCGCAUCUCUCUUCGUGCGGCACAUCUCCAAAUAUGGCGCGAACCGAAUCAAAGCCCGAGCCCACAACCACCCACGAUUUCGCACAUUCGCCGCAAAGUACGGCCAGCACAUCCACCAACUAAACAUGCGCAUGUCCGUCGCCCUCCUCCGGGACCCCGAGGCAGAGCGCCGCGCCAAAGAGCGAGCCGAAGCACCCACGGUCAAGACCGAGGAGCAACACAAACGCGACGAGGCGGCCAAGUCUGCCACCCCCUCCUCGCCCCAGCCAGCAGCAAAAUACCCCAGGCUCACGUUCCAAAACGUUUGGAAAAGGAAAUUUCGACCCCUGCCCGAGGGAAAGGCAGUCGACCUGUUCGCAGACGUGAUCGGCGAUGCGUUCAUUCUCAGUGUCGCCGGCGGAUUGAUCAUGUACGAGUCGUGGAAGGCGCUGCAGAAACCAGACGUGAACAAGCAGCGAAUUGACGAUUUGAGUGAGAGGGUGGAGGCGCUGAGGAGGAGAGAAGAGGAGCUGGCGGAUGCGGAGGAGAAGCAGAGACAAAGGUUUGAGGCCUUGGAGGAGGCGUUGAGGGCCUUGAAAGAUGCCAAGACGAAGGAGCCUUUGUUACCGACAUUGCAGCCUUGA